AGAAUUAAAAAAUAAUGGGGUGAGAGAGGCUCAAACUCUCGACCUCAGGAUUACUCAGACAGCUAUGAGACCUACGCGCUAGCCAACUGCGCCACCACCCCUGUUGUUUACUUCCAUCAGAAACAGCCUUGAAGUACGAUGAGACCAAAACUCUUCUGAGGUACGCGCAACGCCCAAUCUUCUCUGCUUCUUUCUCAAUUCGUCCGUGCGCUAUAUCCUUCUCCUCUGCUCUUGGUUCUUGCGAGUUUCAGAGAUUGGAGUGUGGGAUGAUCUCCUUGCGAGAUUAAGCAUGUAUUUGUCGUGAGUUCUAAGGUUUUACCAAUGGUUGGACAUGCUGUAUCUCCAUCAUUAUGCAUUCAUCUGCGUAUGCCUGAGGUUCACUUUAGUAAAAGAAGCUGUAUAUCCAAAACUCCUCAUGUGAAGAUUGCUCAAAGGAAGCAUUUUGGGAGUUGCAGCAUCACUUGUAGACCAUCAGGGGAAGCUCGCAAACGUUCUGUUUCUACCUCCUUGAAUCUUGGAGCUUAUCUGUCUCGUGGAGAGUCUUCUUGCAAGUGUACUUGCUUGGCAUCUUUGGCGGAGUUUGAUGCUGUCGCUGGUUCCGGUUGGGUCCCUGCCGGUGAUCAACUUCUCCUUAUGGCCAGUGUUUUCCUUACAUAUAUGGCUGGAGUGAUUCCUCUUCAAAACUCUGCUUACUCUUCCACAAAGAAUCCAGAUGUUGAAACUUCAGAAUCUUCUGGUAGGGACAUAGAUUCUGAGAGUGAUUUGAAGUCUGUAUGGGAUGUGGUGAAAGGAAAGCUUUUAGAUUCUUUAGACGCCAUCAAACGUGAGAGUACACUUGGAAGCAGAGUCCUAAAAGCCAAACCACCCCAAGGGAAGCCCCCGCUGAGCUUGUAUGCGAUAUCCGAAGGGCCACGGCUGUACUUGCUCUGGUCAUGUUUUCAGAAACUUGAAGAAGAGACAAAUAAGAUCGCUAACACAACCAGUUCGGAUGAGUGGAUGGUUAGUUUUACUGAUAUUGUCCGCGAAGCAUAUCAAGGAGCAUGCACGGCUUGGCUAAAAAGGGAACUGUGUGUGGGAAACACUGAGGCGAUUACUCCUUUGCUGAUCAAAAUGCUAAAUGACAAGGACGCUAUCUUAGCUAAAAUAAGAAAAUCAGGCAAGGAGGAACUGUUUGCAGACUUCUUAUAUUUUCACAGAUUUGGAUCUUCCAGGAAAGCUUCUUGCUACGACCUCAGCUUGUUUCGCACUCACGGAGUUGCCAUUUUGGAAGACUUGAUGAUAACUUUAGCAGUUAAACGAACAAAGGAGCUUAAGGCUCUAUCGGGAUGGAGGUACUACUUCAGUCUGUUUCUGGAGUUAUCAGACAUUGGAAUGCCAAUCAUCAGAGUGGUGCUGGAUAAAGUGAGUAGAGUCAUAUCCUUCUUUCUUGUCACCUUGAUCGGUAGAUCAGUUGGACUCAUCUUCACCGGCAUUAGACAAUCUCUCCGGUGGAAGUGAAAUCUUAUAACUGAGAAUUGUAUUUAUUUUUUCUUACCGUCGACCUCAUUUUUUGGUGCCCUUUUGAUGAUUCAUGUUUAGGAAGAGAUAAGCAGAUGAAAUAUUCUAUGAACUUCCAGUUUGGCAUUGACUCAAUUAUUUCAACAACAUUACCAUUGUCCCUGGUGCUUCUGUCUCU